AUGCCAACAACGGUCCAAGACCUGCCGUUCGAGCUGCUCGAGCACAUCCUCGACCUCACCAGCGCCGACUACGAGCUCGACUCGCCCAAGUCGAAUCGCGAGCGCAACGACUUCCUCCGCGACUGCUCCCUCGUCUCGCGCUCGUUCCGAUGUCCGGCGCAGGCGUGCUUGUGGGCGGCAGUAAGGGUGCACAAUCCCCACACCGCGAAGAAGGUCCUCUCGAGUCCUGUCUUGGGGAUGUACGCGACGAGGCAGCUCGACCUGGUGGGCGUGCAUGCGGGAAACGAAGGAUUGAGCGGGACGACGGCCGCGCGCUUGUUAGGCAAGAUCAGGGGAGUGCGCUGGCUCAGACUCGCAGACUUUGGCAGAUUGAGCGCGCGCGUCCUCCAGAACGACAACUUGGCAGGCCUGCAGACACUCGUCUUGAUGACUGCGUUUCCCGACAAGACGACCGUCCUGUCCUCCCUCCGCUUCCCGUUCCACCUCCGCACGCUCCACCUCUUCAAUCGCUCCUACGGCCCGUCCAUCCUGCCCAUCCUCUUCUCGGCCUCCCGCCACUCGCUCACCUCGCUCACACUCCUCACAAACUCGACCUCCGCUUCGUACCCUUCACUCAUCACCGCCUUUCCCUCCGUCGCUCCAAACCUCCGCUUCCUCUCGCUCCAGCACCGCGCCUCGGGAGAAUUGACCUCGCUCUUCUCCCUCUUGACGAGCCUGACCCACCUCGAGUGCCACUUCGCCGUCGACCUGCCCACGACCCUCGACUCGCUCUCUCCAACAGGCCUUCUCUCGAUCCUCUCGCUCGAGUUGGACUACAACCUCCUCGACGUCGCAAAUGUCCUCACGUCCCGCCUCGACGGACCCGUCUUGCGCAACCUGAAGGUCCUGCGGAUCCCUCGCGCGCCAUUGAGGGACGAGUUUCGAGAGUUUGGAGGUCAGCCGUUGCUGGACAAGUGUGUGGAGAAGGGGAUCAGGGUAGAGGUCGGACAGGUCGUGGCUUGGCGAACACGGUUGUUUCCCUGA